GUGCGCACGCGCCAUCCUCCCUCCUAGACGCUUUCUUGAAUUUACUUUUUUCCCCCCUCGUCUUCUUGUGCUCCACGCGAUGAGGUGCUCGGACCCCUAGGUGUGUCGGCGGGCUUAUCUCUUCUGCUGCUCUUGUGGCCCCCUCACGAUGGCGGGCAUCCUGUUUGAGGAUAUUUUUGAUGUGAAAGACAUUGACCCCGAGGGUAAAAAGUUUGACCGUGUAUCUCGACUACAUUGUGAGAGUGAGUCUUUCAAGAUGGACCUCAUCUUGGAUGUAAACAUUCAGAUUUACCCUGUAGACUUGGGUGACAAGUUCAGAUUGGUCAUAGCUAGUACCUUAUAUGAAGAUGGUACCCUGGAUGAUGGUGAAUAUAACCCCACAGAUGACAGACCUUCCAGGGCUGACCAGUUUGAAUAUGUCAUGUAUGGGAAAGUGUACAGGAUUGAGGGAGAUGAAACUUCUACUGAAGCAGCAACACGCCUCUCUGCCUAUGUGUCCUAUGGGGGCCUACUCAUGAGGCUACAGGGGGAUGCCAACAAUCUGCAUGGAUUUGAGGUGGAUUCCAGAGUCUAUCUGCUGAUGAAGAAAUUGGCCUUCUGAAUGUCCUGGGAAGCCAGCCACACUGCUCAUCAGCCAUAUCAUGGACACCAUUCAAGUCUGAAGAAAAGUUGCUGUUGUUCACCUGUUAAGGAGAGUUUGACUCAUGUCCACCUUGGGUGAAACUUUAGGUAGUCUGGAUUCAAUGGGAAACUGACACUUGACUGUGAAAGACCCUAUGGGAGAGCUUAAAAUGAACCAGAGUUGUUUUUUAUGUAUAUGAUUUUUUAAAAAAUUAAACUUUACUUUUUCAGA